AUGGCAAAAUUUCUCUUCUCAAAUUGUUUACUUUUAUUGUUACUGAUAUUACUCCUUGCUCAUCCGAUUAGUGCCAUUCCAAUUGAUAACGGUAUUGAAGGCGAACCUGAGAUCGAAUGUGGCCCAACAUCAAUUACUGUUAAUUUCAAUACAAAAAAUCCAUUCGAAGGACAUGUUUAUGUGAAAGGCCUGUAUGAGCAGGACGAGUGUCGAUCGGAUGAAAAUGGUCGUCAGGUAACAGGAAUUGAAAUUUCAUUUGAUACCUGUAAUGUGGCACGGACAAGAUCGUUGAAUCCACGUGGUGUCUUCGUUACAACCACUGUUGUCGCCUCAUUUCAUCCAUUUUUUAUCACCAAAAUUGAUCGUGCUUAUCGUGUACAAUGCUUUUAUAUGGAAGCUGAUAAAACAGUGAGCACCCAAAUUGAAGUCUCUGAAAUGACCACAGGCUUUCAGACUCAAGUGGUUCCAAUGCCAAUUUGUCGAUAUGAG